AACAACAUCAAACGAAGGGAGGUUAAGCUAUGCCGCAGCGACCACGGCUCAAGGUGCCCCACUACGGCAUGGGACGCAGAAGCUCGAUAGUCACAAUGCUACAGACAAUUAGGCCAUGCAUCGUUGAGUACGCUUACUUUUGGGACACCAAGAAGAACGAAGAAAACGCUGGGGUGGGGGAAAUUCUGUCAGGGUCUGGCACAGAAGACAAAGAAAUGACAGCCGAGCCACAAAUGCCGGCCAAGGCCAACAAAAUUAACGUCAAGGUAGUGCCAGCCAGGAACAUUCGGGAAGAUUGUCUAAAACAUGGUAGUAAGCAGCAUCUGCCCACAAUAGCGGCGGUUAGCAAGGUAUCGAAGGAUUGCAUCGAUAGUUCCAAUCAGACUGAAAAGAAGGAAUUCAAUAUCAUCGACGAUGACCUCAAGCUUCUCUUGCCAUUCAAUCGCUAUAUUGACGACAAGCUGAGCAAGUACAACUUGCCAAAACUGAUCGCAGAUCUGACCAAGAAUAUGGUGGAAAUCGAGGUCAUAAAUAUGCGUCCUCAGUAUGUGACCAUUAUACCGGAGCCACGUGUGGCUUGGCGCAUUGAAAUCGACCUGUCCAGCAAUCCGUCGAUCCAAUGUCUGAUUCGUGCCGGAAUUUACAUUAAGGAGGCCAUGGACAACGAUCCGCAAGCACUACUCAUGCUCAAUGGAUACGAUCAGGAUAAUCAUCACAUUGCUCUCGCAGCUGUUCAUGACCAAAUGCCGCCAGCCGGGGACGACAAUAUGAGGCGCCCAGCUACGUGGAUGGCCAGGAUUCCGCUCUUCUGGCCACACAUCCCGAACCGUCUAGCGAAAAUCGUGUUGACCUAUUUCAUUUUAAUUUGUGUGAUUGGCAUUGUAUUCACGUUCUUCCUCUGAGUGCAUCGUUUUCAUAAGUAUUUGAGCUCAAGUAGCAUUAGGAUCUAUAUCAAUGACUAGUAAGGCAUUGCCCAUGAUAACGGAAUCCAGCUAGAUAUUUCGAGUCCCAUUUCCAUUUCGAAAUUAUAUAAAUUUGCAGCGUCA